AUGGACUUUUUGAUCGUAGACAAGGUGAUCGCUGAUUUGCCGGCGCAUGAUGAUGAUACAUCACCGGAUCUGCCUUCCAUGAUGAACAGCGUGUUCGAUUACGUCAUGGUUGGUUCCUGUCGUCCUACACCCCCUGAUCCGCUAACCGAUUGUACCGCUUUUUCCAACGCUGUAUGCAUGGUGUCCCUUGAAGAAUCGCUCGAACGCUUCUGGAAGCUGGAAGAGGUUAACGUUGCCAACUCUUACUCACCCGACGAGCAGCGAUUGCAAGAUGACCUACUUGAUGUAAUUCUGCGUUUCCGUUCGUACCCGGUUGCUCUUGUUGGUGAUAUAGCGAAAAUGUAUCGGCAGGUCUUGCUUCAUCCCGAGGAUCGCCGCUUCGUACGCAUCCUGUUUCGUUUUUCGCCUCAAACACCAGUCCACACUAACGAACUCAAUACGGUCACGUACGGUCUCACGCCAUCCUCGUUCCUAGCUACACGCACUUUGCUUCAACUAGCGGAAGAUGAAGGUUCCGACUAUUCGCCUGCUUGCUCUGCCCUCAAACGAAACUUUUACGUCGACGAUUUCAUUGGUGGAGCGCUCCUUCUUCGUAAAGAAGAUGCGCUCCUUCCUCGUAAAGAGCUAGCUGGUGUACUUGCCAAGGGUGGGUUCGAACUGCGCAAAUGGACCUCGAAUCGGCUCGAUGUGCUGUCUGGUUUUCGUGCUGAUCAAAUCGGUACGCAGUCCUUGUACCAGUUUGUUCCCAACGAGACAGUGAAGGCGCUUGGCAUCUCCUGGAAACCUGAAUCUGAUGAAUUGUGCUUCGAACCCAACGUUUGUGACGAACCAACCACACUUACCCGUCGAUCCAUUUUGUCAUGCAUUGGCAAAAUGUAUGACCCACUCGGAUUAAUCGCCCCGAUUAUCAUCCGCGCAAAGAUGCUGAUGCAAGAGCUGUGGCUACUGAGAUCCGGCUGGGACGAUCCCGUCCCCGAUGUCAUCUGCAACAAGUGGAAGGCGAUUCAGCCCGAUUGGAACUCUCUUCGAGAAUGUAAAAUUUAUCGUUAUGUUCUCUUACCCUAUUCUAAAGUAGAGCUCCACACCUUCACCGAUGCCUCCGAGACAGCCUAA